AUGACAGCCUGGUCGCCGGAAGGUCCAGAGGGCUUGGUCAAGCUGCAUUGCACCUCUGAAUCAGGCAACAGACUUGUCCUUGUCACCGGUGCGGAUGGAGGUGUUGGUUUUGAGACGGCUCUAGCACUUCUCCUGGCCGGUUGUGAUGUACUCAUGGGGAUCAGAGACUUCGAUCGACCUGGCCACUGGGCUCGUGUUCAGGAGCGUCUCGACUGUCGCAUUGUCGAUGAACUCAUGAAGAAAGGUGACAAGCUGAACGCAAGCCCAGGCCAUGGGAAGGCAGGCCCCUCAAUGGAUGACGUCGGUCGAGCUCUUCCUUUCAAGUGCGAUUUCACAGAUAUGGUGGGGGCUCGCGGCGCAGCUCAAGAAGUUUGGAGCAUCGUGGCCGAACACAACCAAGCUGGCGCUGGCGAGAAGAGCGUCGUAGGUGCCAUCACUCACUAUAUUGGCACAGUGGGCGUAGGCUUCGACCGACCUACGCUUAAAGGUGAGCUCGUCAGCCGCUACACGGAGAACGAUGACGGAAUCGAAUACCAGCUGGGUAUCAACGCCAUCAACCCCUUUAUCUUUACUCUCCUUGUAUGGCCCUUGCUCGCUCGUCCAUUUGAGGAGACCGCUGCCAAGGAGGCAGCUCCCGUGGACGGCCGCAUCGUCCUCACCAAUUCCAUUGCCAAUGCUUGGAACACCCUUCCGCUUGCCGUUGAACCCCAGUAUCGCAGCUGGGAAACCGUGCGGGGCGAUGGUGGCAAGAGGUGGGCUGCUGGGCGAUACAACUUCAGUAAAUUGACGCAACUUCUGCUACUUACCAAGCUGCGGGAUAUCUCCCCUUCUCUCGUUGCAGCCCUCCAAAGCUCACUCGAGUCUCAUACCCCCCUGAUCGCGCCUUUUCUACUCUCUCUGCAUCCAGGGGAAGUCAACACUCCUUUUCUGGACCUGAUGCUGCCGAGCUGGAGGUGCACCUGGAUCGAGCAGAUGACCUGCCUGACGCCAAGGCAGGGAGCCUGGACUGGGCUGUGGGGCUGCGUCGUCGACCUGGCUGGCGUACCCCGCCCGCGACUAUCCGGCAUGGGGAGCAAGUUUGAUAGUCAGGCAGACGUGGGAUACCACUACCUCCUCUCCCUCUGCACCUUUGGCAAGCCAUGCUCCUUGGCAAGGGACUCUGCACUGAUCAAUGAUUGCUGGAGGUUGGUUGGCAGUCGACUUGCCUUCUUUCAUGCGAGCAACACGGACGAGAAUGGCCCCGUCGAUGGCCUGACACUCCACUCGUGGGAGGGGAAACUCAGCCAGGUCGUGAAGGCAUCCUUGGAAUGA